CCUGUCUGUGGCUGCUGUGAAGUUAGGCUGUUACGUGAGUGGAAGGGCAAUAUAUCUAUGAGGUGGGAGAGGAGAGGAGACACACAUAUCCAUCCGGGCUCCUGAUUCAUUGACACACCAUCACCAAGGGAUUGUGGACUGAUAGAGGGAAGAGACAUUAAAAGAGAGAAAAAAGAUCUGAAGGGGAAAAUAAAUAACAGCAGUUAACACUGAUACAACAGCCUGUCUGAUUAGGACACCUUGAAUCUUAACAGUGGUACCUUACUGGAAUGUCAACUGUCCAAUGCCAAUAUUGGUACAUCCCCCCUCACAAGUUGAUAUCCAAAACUGCAGAACAGUCUCCAGCUACAAAGACCUCUUUGCUUAAAGAUGGCCAGUGCAGCUGAUGAUCUCAUUGGAAUUCCAUUUCCAGACCAUAGCAGUGAACUCCUUUGUAGUUUGAAUGAACAGAGGAAGGAUGGCCUUCUCUGUGAUGUUGUCCUGAUAGUAAAAGAUCAGGAGUACAAGACCCAUAGGUCAAUCCUUGCUGCAUGUAGCAAGUAUUUCAAGACACUGUUCACUACAGACACUCUUGGAGAGCAACAUAAUGUUUACCAGAUUGACUUUGUGACACCAGAGGCACUCUCUGCAAUUUUGGAGUUUGCUUAUACAUCAACCCUCACUAUUAGCAGCUCAAAUGUAAAGGAUGUUUUAAGUGCAGCACAGCUGUUGGAGAUUCAGUGUCUUAUCCAAGUAUGUGUUGAUAUAAUGGAUUCAAGUGGUAGGGUGAGCAGUGAUAGAGGAGAUCCAGCAAAACAAGAUCCUCAAGACAAUCUGCUCCAGGAAGAUUUCAGAGAAUCCCCCCAACAAGUUUUUAAAGAAUUUUCCAAACAAGGUCUUAAAGAAUUUCCCGAACAAGAUCUUGAAGAAUCCCCUGGAGAAGGUCACGAAGAAUUCUACAAACAAGGUUGCGAAGAACAUCCUCAACAAGAUCUCAAAGAACCUCCCCAACGAGAUCUUGGAGAACCCCCUGGAGAGCAUAACAAUGAAUCAGAGGAAAACUUCCAAGAAGGUCACCACUGGAAUAAGGAAUAUGGUUUUCAAAAUACUUUGACCAGCAAGCUUAUAGAAAAGCAAUGCACCAAACUGCCUUGUGAGUUCUUAAGUCAGUUUACGGUUAAUGAUCCUGGUGGAUGCUUGGGACCUGUACGUGAUUUCUCCUUAGAGUCUCUGUUAAAAGAAAGGCUAAGUCCUAGAGGAAAUUUGCUGAAUGGAAGAACCAACAUGUCUUCACUCAGACCAGGAUUCUUUCCUCCCCUCUGGAAUGGAGGUUAUAAUGGUUUUCCUCAGCUUGUGGAACACCAAGAAGUGGACCAGUUGCCCCUUAACCUCGUAGUGAAGAAGGAAAAGAUCAAAGAGGAGGCCAAGGAGGAUCUGCCUUCAACCACAAGUCUUUGUGACUUUUUUAAAGGUAUUAUGCUGGAAAAUAGCCAUAGUAACCUUGGAACAUUAAAGGAAGAGCUAGACUUUAAUUCCUAUCUGAAUAUACUAGGCCCUUCCUAUUUGGCAGCAGUCUAUCCAACUUGGCCUUUGGAAUAUGAGAAAAAGAUGAGACCCAAGGCAUCUCAGCAGUGCCCUAUCUGCAACAAAGUGAUCCAGGGUGCAGGGAAGAUGCCACGACACAUGCGGACACAUACAGGGGAGAAACCAUACAUGUGCAAUAUAUGUGAAGUCCGUUUUACCAGACAAGACAAGCUAAAGAUUCAUAUGCGCAAGCAUACCGGGGAAAGACCUUACACAUGCAUUCAUUGCAAUGCCAGGUUUGUGCAUAACUACGACCUAAAGAACCAUUUGCGGAUACACACAGGAAUCCGUCCAUACCAAUGUGUACACUGCUACAAGAGCUUCACCCGCUCUGAUCACCUGCAUAGACACAUCAAGAGGCAGAGCUGCCGCUUGCCACGACCUCGUCGGGGUCGUAGACCUGCCACCUGGCACUCCACUAGCCUCCUCUACACACAGGGUGUCCCAAUUCAGGACACGCAUUCCAAUGAAAAUGGCACGAAUAUUCCACCCAGACAAGAGGAUAGGCUUCUAAAUGCAAGCAAGUUGAAUCCAGGCAACCCUGAAAAGCACUUUAAUGGAGAUGUUCGAAAUUCCAAGAUCUUCAUGAAUGAAGCAGCAGCAAAGGCAAGAGAAAACCCCAUGGCUAACAUGUUGAACGGGAACCACAUCAUAGAUGAAGGGGACAGAAGCAUCUUUGCUUUUACCCUGUCUCACAAUAAUACUUUCUCUCACCUGCCCCAACACUACUAUUCAACAGGUGAUCCAUGGGGCAUGCGAUUUAACCCUGCUGUCUCUAUUCAGGAGGCGAGUAAGUAAAGAAGCAGAAGAGUAAGUUUGAAAGAAAAAGAAAAUUAUCAACUUCCAUAGAAAUGCCAUUCCAUAGUUUGAUGUGCACUUUCUGAACAUGGAAAUGAAACAAGAUCCACCCUUUGAAUUUUACAUGUAAAAUUUGUAUGUGUAAAGCAUCUUUAAACAAAUAGUUUUACAGGCCACUGAAUGAUCUUGAAGUUGAUCUAUUAUAUAAAGUAAAUGUAUUUAAACCAAACAAAAUCCAAAGAAGUUGCGUACUGUAGCCUACACAAACUUGAAACUGUCUUUCCUUUGCUGAUGUUUUGUGGGAGAAGUGUUGUAAUUAUUUUUCUAAUGUAAUGUACUUUUUGUGACUCCUUUCCCUUCAGUAAUUCAGAUGAGCUUGCCUUGGCCAAUAUUGGCACGCUCAUUGAGGCAAAAUAUCAAAGUUUUCUCAGCUGUGUAUCAUCGGUUAGGUUACUGGAUUUGUAUUUGGUUUUAUUUAUUUAACUAAAAAUACCCCCAAGUUAUUCAGAAAUUUGUAAAUGAAGGAAUUGGAUUAUUUCUGAUUAUAAAUGCCUAAAAAUUGAUAGUUUUAUUGUAUUUCUAUGUGUGUAUAAUAUAAUGUGCAAAGAUCCUCUCCCAAUUCCAAUAUGGGGCAGUAGUACUUCAUACUUUAAAUUAAUAUUUAAUCUUGUCACUGCAAUCACUGUAGAAAUAAUGUAGCUUGAACUUGUAUUUUUUAGAAAUGUGGAUAAUAAGAACAGGGCCAUUCAGCACUUCAAGCCUGCUCCACCACUCAGUUAAAUCAUGGCUGAUCUGCACCUCAACUCCACUUACCUGCCUUUUGUUCCACGUCCCUUGAUAUCCUUCCCCAUCAAAAAUCUAUCGGUCUCAAUUGAUAAGCAUCCAUGGUCUUUUGUUGAAGUAGGUCCCAGGUUUCUACCACCCUAUGUGUGACAAGUGUUUCCUGGUUUCACUUUUAAAUGCUAAUUACUCUAAUUUUAAUAUUAUUC